AUGCCUGAUGUUCUCAUAAUGCAGGCGUUUGCUGAAUCGUCACCGCCCCGUACACAUGUCGAGGAUGACAGUGGACCGACAAGUAGUAAUGAAAUCUUGGAUAAGUACUACGCAGCUGAACGCCAAAUAAAUUCUUAUCAAAAGGGCAUUCAGCACCAGCUUGGCAUCAUGCGUGGUCUGAUCCAAAGAUUGGAUGGUCGAAGAAAAAGAAGUGUACAUUCACCUACUGCUGCUCACUCGGGCUAUGCAGCGGAUGAGUUUCCUGAUGCCGAGCCUGAUUCAUCCGCUGCCCGAUAUGACAUGCCAACCCAUUCCACCGAACAAGUACCGGACACUCCUAUUCGCCAUCCACCUAUUAUUGCUGAUGACGAAGUUGUCGUCCUUGACCCCUUACCUUUGCGUUCUAUGACUGUGGCCCGAUCCCAUAGCAUUGGGAGGCAACGGAGAGUCCGUCGGAUGGCUCCCAAUGUAUUGUCACCAUUCAUAGCGCAGGCACAAACGCGACAUUCUGCCAUAAAGAUGGACCUAAAAGCGGCAGCUGCAACUGUAUUUGAUGGGGAGUUGGACCCCAGGCAUGUUAUAUCAUAUACUACUCCAAUUUCAAGUGUUUCCACAUGCAACAAAUCGUAUUACCCUAACAUAUAUGGUUUUGUUGGCAGCGAAGAGCUUGUUUCCAUGCACGACACAAGUUUAACCAGAGGCAACCUCGCGUUUUUCCAGGGAGACUCUUGGAUUGGCAAUGAUGUCGUGGAUGCAUUUUGCCGAAUGUUGCAAUUCGAUGAUGAAUCAAGGACAAAACUAUUUCUCUCCCCAUACAUAGCUGUAACGAAUGCUUUUAAUGGCCCUUACAUCUGA